CUGUAUCACGUGAGGAAAAGGGAACGCACAUCCACAUCCCUAGUAAUACCAUCUACCUUACGGUGACAGGAGAUUUACCAACUUUGGAAAUAGAAAACGCAAAAUCUGAAGACGACAGAAUAACCAUUGAUUACAACGUUAGUGUCGAUGAUCAAUCCCCAGCUGUGCAUAGCGUUACGUGGAUCAAAGAUGGAGAACAUUUAGAGAAAACUGGAGAUAAGUACAGCGGUUGACAAUUAAUGGAUACGUACUUAACGAUACACUCUCCAAAAUCGAAUGAUGCUGGUCAGUACAGUUUUGAAGUUUCCAAUGCCGUAGGACCCGUUACGAAAUCCAUACAUCUGAGUGUGCCUUCCGUAUCCAUUAUUGAGGUUCCGGAAGUUAUUGUAGGAAAUCCUAUCAUCACUGUGCCUACCAUUCAGUCUUGUCCAACACCAGUAUCAGCAAUGUGGCAGAAAAAUAACAGACAUAAUAUAGAAGAGUUCGAAAGGCUAGACAUUAAUGAUGCCAAAUACUUCGGGAGUAGCGAUGAUCCAGACGAUCCGAGACUUGUCAUGCAGAAAGUAACGCAAGAAGAUGCAUUAUAUUACCGACUUAUCGUGUCCAACGGGAUAGGCCAGAGUGCAAGUAACAAUAUUUACCUGAAACUCAUUGGGGGUGUCCCGUCUUUAUAUGUCCAUCAUGAAACGCAUAUUAUGGAGAAAAGUGUUACGUUGGUAUGUGAAAUGACCGUGCCAAUUAAUUCACCAACGGUUUCGGAUGUCUUUUGGACAAAAGACGGCAGAAAGAUUGACAUUACAGGAAGCGGAGGAAAAUAUUCAGGUGGGAGCAUUGUUAAUCCGUCGCUAUCUAUCAAGAUGGUGAACUCAAACGAUGAGGAAAUGUAUCAGUGUUGUGCGUCAAAUUCUGUUGGAGAGAUGUGCAGUGAGAAGAUUUAUCUUGGUCCACCUAGAAUUGAGUUCAAUAGUCCAGACUUCGAUGCCUCUCCUAAAAGAGUCACCUACAUCGCUACCAUCAAAUCAAUUCCUGUUGCUCUUAAUGCUGAAUGGAAAGUCAAACAAGAUCGGAAUGACAGAUUUCAGGUUAUAGAUAUGCAUGAUCCGUUAUAUAAAGGGUCUGUGAUAGCCUUACCUCGUCCAAAGCUGGUAGUAAACAAACACAAAGCCGAACAAGUCGAAUCCUUCCAACUUGAAGUUUUCAAUUUCAUUGCAAGUAGCAGAAGAAAUACACAAGACAUAGUUGUGGACAGUCAUGAUGCUGUUAUCAACAAAGAGAUCCCAGUUCCUUUGAUGAAAUUCUACAGCAAAUGAGGUUCUAAUGUUCUCUUUGCUAACCUCAGUGACGACCUGGUGAAAUCAAUUCCAGAGAAUACAUUUGACAGCCUCAAGCUCGUUCUUCUUGAAUCUUUCACUAUGUUUGGCGCGUAUUGCCUUUGAUCAAUAAGGAUUUUUUAUCGUUCCACACCUACUGUAACACGGGGCAUCGAGCAAACAAGGAGUACUGAGGACUUA